GUCUGUCUGAGGAGAGAGAGACAUUCGCGCGUCUCCAUCUCCAUUGCGCACUCACUUCUAUGUGUCCUUUAUUUGUUCUUUUCCUAUCCACAAGAAUCGGAUUGAACGAGCGCGUCACCGGAGGUCGCGGACGACGGGUGCGUGCGCGAAAAGCCACUUUCCCGGGAUAUAAACAUGCGAAUGGAUGCCGGUUAGACGGUUUGAUGCAAGGCAUGGAAACCUGUGGGAAAGGAGAGAUUUUGUGUGUGCGAGGAUAUUGAGAGCCGUCAUGCGCGCUCGUUGAUCUUCACUGCGCGUUUAUUGAGUCAUUUUUUGGUGCGACUGGAGAGGUCCCGUCUCUCCGGUGGCGCGCGAAUCUAUGGGAAAGCACAUUGUGGACAUGGAUAGACAGUUCGAGUUAUUUGUGGAUGUAGUCUUGAUGAUCAGAACCCCUGUCUAGGAGUGCUGGUGGCUUUUGGGGAGUUUGUGGUAUGCGAUCGCGCCGCGUCCUCCUCGCCCUGCUGUCCACGCGCACAGACCAGUGCCGGUGUGCGCUACGUUCAUCAUGCUGAGGCAGAUGCUGUUAAACUCCACAGCGGCGGCGAGAGACUUCGACCUGAUGAGCAACACACAGACGCCGGCGCCGCUGAACGUCUCGCAGGGGCCCGUGAGUGUGUCGGCACUCCUGAAGCCUACGGGUCGCGGGGCCGCCCUGCGAGAGGGCGAGACUGACAAACCCGACCUGGCCACGUAUGUAGUGAUGUGCUUGCUGCUGUUCCUGCUGGUCCUCCUCAUCGUCUUCUUCAUCAACUGUCAGCUCAGAAACUCGUUUUUCGCCUCCAUGCCUUACGACCGCUCGCUGCGAGAGGCCCGCAGCUCCUACAAAUGACUCUAGCUGAACUCUCUGAUUUGUCUGUAUAUACUGACUGUUCUUUUGGGAGUUUUUUUGUACUUAUGCACGGCCGUUUCUCCCAACUUAGGCUCAUUGGGAAUAUGCACACCUAGAGCUAUGUGUUUGCAAACCUUGAAAUACGUUCUCCGGUGAUAUUUCAAUUCAAGUUUAUUGGGAUUUCCUUGCAGCCUGUGUUCACAGAUCCACUAGAGGGCGCUGUGUACAUUUUUAAAAAUGUCCAAUACAUGAUUGGACAAGGGCUGCAUCUAAAAUCGCCUACUACUGGUGUGUGUACUACAUCCACCACAGCUGCCGGGGAGAAAAAAAACAUACAAUAAGGGAAUUUUUUACAGUGUAGCCUACUGUUUUUUCUUAAUACUAUGAAUUCGGACAACCUAGGCUCACAUACUGUUUUUAACAUACCAUAUAGUAUGGAAGUAUGCGAUUUCAGAUGCAGCCUAUGUUUUCUCAUAUGUGCUAUUUACAUGUCCUCUUCAUAGAUCCACUAGAGGGCGCUGUGUACAUUUCUGCGAAUAACAAAUAUAUUACUGGACUACAGUUUCUCAUACAUCAUAUAUAUGUCAUUGUAAAUCCACUAGAGGGCGCUGUGUACACUAAAAAAAAUUCUCAACACAAAUAAAUCAAGUAAAUUUACCAAAUUUAAGUUAAUUGAACAUAAAACAAUUACGUUUCUCCCCCAAUAAAACUAAAUUGUGUUGUUUGAGCUCAUUUUAAAUAUGUAGUUCGAACAAGCAGCAAAAAAAAAUUUUUUUAAAGUUUACAUUUAUAUGAAUCUAAAUACCUUCCUGGACUUCUCAUACACUACCUGUCAAAAAUCUUGUUGCCUAUCCAAGGAGCAAGAAAUAAUAACUCGACUUCUAGUUGAUCAUUUGGUAUCAGAAGUGGCUAAUAUGAAAGGUAAAGGCCUCUAGAUGACAUUUAUUUGAGCACAAUAAAAUAUGAUCAUGGCUUGAUUAUUAAUGAUUUCAUUAGGACAGUAAGGUCUGACUCUGCUUAGACAAAAGUCUCGUCACUGAACCUUCAAUAAUGUCCAGUAUAGAAUAUGUGCUCAUGCUGCAGUGGAAACAGAAUGAAUAUUGUGUCUGACUCCAUCAUGAGCUUGGAGGACUGCAUCCAUACAUCUCUGACAUGACUCAAAUCACUGAUUAAUAAAGUCAUCUGGAAUGGCAAAGAAAGCGUUCCUGCAGGACUCCCAGAGUUCAUCAAGACUCUUUGGAUUCAUCUUCAAUGCCUCCUCCUUCAUUUUACCCCAGCAUGCUCAAUAAUGUUCAUCUCUGGUGACUGGGCUGGCCAAUCCUAGAGCACCUUGACCUUCUUAGCUUUCAGGAGCUUUGAUGUGGAGGCUGAAGUAUGAGAAGGAGCGCUAUCCUGCUGGAGAAUUUGCCCUCUCCUGUGGUUUGUAAUGUAAUGGGCAGCACAAAUGUCUUGAUACCUCAGGCUGUUGAUGUUGCCAUCCACUCUGCAGAUCUCUCGCACGCCCCCAUACUGAAUGUAACCCCAAACCAUGACUUUUCCUUCACCAAACUUGACUGAUAUCUAUGAGAAUCUUUGCUCCAUGCAGGUUCCAAUAUGUCUUCUGCAGUAUUUGUGAUGAUUGGGAUGCAGUUCAACAGAUGAUUCAGCAGAAAAAUCGACCUUCUGACACUUUUCCAAAUGAUCAACUAGAAGUCGAGUUAUUAUUUGUUGCUCUUACAACGGAGAUCCACGACAAGACUUUUGUCAGGUAGUGUACAUGCCAUUUCUUCAAGUAAAGCCUUGUCGUGCAUAUUGACUGAAUCACACACACCAUUCACUAAACCCAACUGAUAGAGUUUUCAAAAGCAAACGAGAAUAGUAAAGCAUAUUGCGGGGGGUAUACUUUCACCACGAUUUCCCUUUUUUUUUAUUUUUGUACUUGGUUUCUGGAACCGUCCUUCACCAGACGCAAACCUGGUCUGCUCUGAAUCCCAAGUACGAGGUGAGCUACCAAGCAAACUGAACAUGUACGACCAUGAACACAUUCGAUUACAGAUCACAAAUGAAUGUAAGUCAUUUUAGUGCGAUUUAUUCAGUGCUACACGAACAAGCUUUUAUUCGUCAACAAUGCCUCCCUUUAAAUGUCACUAGUGCAAAAAGAUAUAGAAGUUGUUGGCAUCAUAUGGCCCCAUAACAUUCGCUUUAUCGACAAACUGCAGGCAAACGUAUGUCAAGGCGCGUAUUUGCAGUUUCCCCAAAAUGUAUCCCUGGGCACAUAUUCCCAACGAGCCUGAGUUGGUUUCUCUCCAUGUAGGGUUUCUCACGAGUCCUGUGCAUUAUGUAAGGCAGAUUAUUUUCUUGUAUGGUGUGAAACCUUGAUUAAAUCUCACAUACAUUGAGUGUCUGUGUCUGGAGAACGUGUUGAUAUUGAUUGUGGUCGACAGGAUGAGAAGAAGCAAAAACACGAGGCUUAGGAAACCUGCUGAUCUGCUGUUCGACCCCUGCUUAACUUAUUAUAAUGGGUAUUUCCAUCAUUCACUCAAC